UGAACAUGUGACGUCACGCAUAGAGUGACGUCCAUACCCUUGCAUCAAGAUGUUUAAAUUACUUAUGGCGCUACACAUCGCAAUAUCGUGAGGUGAAUGGAGUAGAAAUGAUUACGUGCAACGAACAUCAUUGAAGAAUUUUUAUACCUAUCACCAAGAAAUUAAUAUGCACAUGGUUGUUGCCGUUCUUUCUUUGACAAGUCUCAUAUCGACUCAUUGCAUACAAAGAAGUUAUUUUUGUCAAGAUGGGUAUUUUCCCUGUAACGGUUCUGAUGUUUGUGUUCCAAGAGAAAGUAUCUGUGAUGGAAAAAAAGACUGUGAAAAUGGUUCCGAUGAAACAGACUGCAAAGAUGAAAAUAAAAGAGAAUAUUACAAUAAUUUAUUUAGAAAAAGACCCGAUGAAGAUCGACAUACAAAAAUUAAAACCUGUGAUAUGAUAAUCCGACCAAUUGAAUGUCAAUGUUCUGAAAAAAGUUUAUUUUGCAACUUAAAGAAUUUUCAUGCUGUGCCUUUAAAUCUUUCAGAAGAUUUGCAAAUGUUGGAUCUAGCUGGAAAUAAAUUGGACUCAAUAGACGGAGACCAUUUUCCACAAUUACCACAACUCCACACAUUAUUAUUAAGCAAAUCAGAAAUCACUCAAUUAAGUGAAGGUGCUUUUAAGAAUUUAACUGCAUUAGAAAAGCUAUAUUUGAUUGGUAACAAUCUGGAAAGCAUCCAAAACAACGUGUUUACUACUAAUAGAAGAUUAAACUAUCUCGACCUGUCUCACAAUCCAUUAGUUUUGCUGAAUUCGUUUUCUUUCCAAGGUCUGGAAGCUCUCACUGAAUUAAAUUUAAGACAUUGCCUUCUAGAAACGUUACCGGAUGGAGUUUUCGAUCCAUUAAUACGAUUGGAACGCUUAUCACUCUCUAAGAAUAAAUUAUAUAGUAUAGAAAAGAAAAUCUUUCAAAAUAAUGGACAUUUGAAGCUUCUAUCAUUAGAUGGAAACAAAUUGAAAUAUCUAAACGAAAACAGUUUUGGUACUAUUCCAUCACUUAAAAAACUAGAACUGAGAAAUAAUCGCAUUAAAACUAUAGCAUCAUCUACAUUCGAUGGCUUAUCAUCAUUAAUAUCUCUUGAUUUAAGUGAAAAUCCCUUUGAAGAAUUAUCACCGAGUAAUUUUGAAAAUUUAACUUGUUUAGAAUACAUCUAUUUUCAGGAUUUUCAAUUAUGCUCCUAUGCACCUAAAGUACGAAUAUGCCAUCCAAGAAGUGACGGAAUAAGUAGUCUUGAGCAUUUACUUGAUAAAGUAAUUCUGAGAUUUUCGGUGUGGACUAUGGCAUCGGUAGCAUGCAUCGGAAAUUUCUUUGUGCUAAUGAGUCGGGUUCUUUUGAAAGAGCCCAAUGAAAUCCAUUCGUUUUUUAUCAAGAAUUUAUCGUUGGCUGACUUAUUAAUGAGUAUCUACUUAUUUAUCAUUGCAAGUCAGGAUGUUAUCUUCAGAGGAAAAUAUAUGCUAUACCAACCUCAAUGGAAAAAAAGUUGGUUGUGCCGAUUUUCUGGUUUUCUUAGCACUUUAAGCAGUGAAGCUUCAGUUUUAGUGCUUGCAGUAAUCACUCUCGAUCGGUAUGUGUCUAUAUGCUAUCCCCUUUCCGUACAAAGAAGAAACUGGACAAUUGCUCUGCUUUAUAUGGUUUUAGUAUGGUCUACAGCAGUUCUAUUAGCAGCUAUACCACUUUCUGAAGUUGCAUAUUUCGGUGAAAAUUUCUACAGUAAUAAUGGUAUGUGCCUACCAAUUAAUAUUCAUCGUCCGUAUGCCGAUGGUUGGGAAUAUUCCACAUUUAUAUUUUGUGGAAUUAACAUGAUUGCGUUUAUAAUAAUUGUGUAUGCCUAUAUUAGCAUGUUCUUCAGCAUUUCUCGCUCAAAAAGCGGACUUCGAUCGACUCAACAACAACAAGAUAGAGCGAUUGUGAAAAGAUUUGCUUUCAUCAUAGGAACAGACUUUAUUUGUUGGGUUCCUAUAAUAAUCAUUAAAUUGAUUUCAUUUACAGAUGUUCCAAUUCCUACAGAUCUUUAUGCAUGGAUAGCAGUUUUCUUUUUGCCUGUUAAUUCUGCACUGAAUCCGAUUCUUUAUACGUUAACAACAAAAUUGUUCAGGCAAAGAAUGGCUAAAAUGGUUCGAGGAUACCGUCCAUCAAGCGAAUUAUCUGGAAUUUCCUUAUCUUCAUUUUUCCAUCACAGAAGUUCUAAAAAAACAUAUAUUACUACGAUGUCCGAUAACGAUCAAAGUUUUACAAGUAAAUCAUCUCAGUUAAGCAGAAAAACGAGUCCGAAAAGUGGAGUCAAUGGUUUUCCAUCUCCUCAAGCAGUUUAAUUAUUUCAAUAGUAAAAUAAAUUACGCACAAUGUACAGAAGAUUUAAGGAAAAAGAAAGAAAAAAAUUUAAAUUUUUAUGAUAGAAAAGUAGUGAUUAGAA